AUGAAGGCAAUAAUGGAACCAGCCGAACCCCCAGCCUGGAAACUGUUCGUAGAUAGAUCCUCAGGAAAGGCAGGCUUCGGGGCAGGAAUAGUCUUGGAAAGCACAGAGGGUCAUGAGCUAAAUUACGCAGUAAGGUUUGGCUUCAAAGCCUCGAACAACGCUAUCGAAUAUGAAGCCCUUCUAGCGGGCCUUAGACUGGCAAGAGAAAUACAGGUUAGAAGGCUCGUAGCCAGUAGCGAUUCUCAACUGAUAGUAAAUCAGGUCAGUGGAAGCUUUGUGGCCAAAGACAGCAGCAUGUUCGCAUACUUGAAAUUAGUUCUGGAUCUAGUCCCUCAUCUUGAAAGGUUCAAACUGAUUCAAGUCCCAUGCCUAGAGAAUACACAUGCAGAUGCCCUUUCAAAAUUGGCUAGCAGCAAGGAUUCUGAGUUAUUAAAAGUUGUCACUAUUGAAGACUUAUCGAAACCCUCCAUUUUUGGAGGAGAAGAGGUACUUUAG